UUUAACAAUGGCCGUCGAUGUUACGGACUUAUGUUUAAUCAUGAAACGCAGAGCAUACAAUGAUUUGAAUAAUCAACUAUUUAGAAUAGUUAAUGAACGAAAAGAAAAUGAGUGCAUAAGUGAAUGAACGAUAAUUAUAAGUUAUUAAUUACGUGUUAUGUAUUGUGUAAGUUAGGACAGCAAAACUGUUUAACACUUACUUACUGUACAGUUACUGCAUGGUAACAUAUGGCUAUUUACCUUUACAAUAUAAGUAAAACCGCAAAGUUGUGUUUACAUAUUAAGUGCUAUGGCUCAAUGGAUAUGUGUUCUGUUACUAGUGGUAGUCGCUUCAGGCCAAAAAGUUCACAACAGUAACCCAGUAAACAAUCUUGUAGUAAUUAAUCUUCGAGGAGUAAUUGACCUGGAAUUAAACCGUCAUCCUGCUAGAUUGGGAUCAUUCCUAAAAAAGUACCAUGUAUUUAAAAGAAAACAUGGAAGAUUUUCUCACAAUGGAACAGGUCACGCCCAUGGUGAACAUUAUGAAUCCAAAAAAUACCACAGUCACGGACAUGGUCCCGAUCACAGUCAUGGACAUGGUAAUGGUGAUAGUCACGGACAUGGUAAUGGUAAUAGUCACGGACAUGGUCACGGUCACAGUCACGGACAUGGUCAGGGACAUAGUCACGGACAUAGACACGGAGUUUCUCACUAUAGCAAUUACGAAAAAUAUGACCGAUUUUCGUAUGGAGGCAGAGCAUAUAAACUGACGUGUAACAGAAAGCGAUUCUUCAAAUUAUGGAAAGACUGUUUUACUACUCACCAUCACAGUAGAAGUUACUGUUUUGGAUUUUUAAGAAAAAAACAUCUCUUUGUUACUUAUGGAGCAGAAUGAAUAGUGACACAGAAAACUGUUAAAAAUUAAAAUCAUCUCAACCUAUAAACAUUUUCGUUAUACCAAUUAGAAAUGCUUAUAAUGGGUAAAGAGUAUGAUAUGAGAACGCUUUCGCCGAUUUGAUUCGAAAAAGUUUCUACCAGUAUAGUUAAGAGGUAAAUUCAGGGGGUAAAUUCAGUAAAUAAUGUCCCAUCAACUUCUAUGCUUAUCUUUGUCUUGAAUUAAGUUUGUACCUGAUAUAACUUUAGAAAUUAGAAGCUUUCAUAUAUCCUUCAUGAAUACAAAUGUAGCCCUAUCUUUUGCAACAAUAAAAACAAAGGGUCAUGACUCAUGAUGCAUUUGUGUGUUACAUUCACAUGGCCUUGUUUACAAACACUGUAGAUUCGCACUUAAUUCCUUUAAUGACCCUCAUAAUUUUCAACCCUGUAGUAAAAACAUUAGUACAUUCAGCAUUAUUUUUUAUUUAUUUUUCUAACUGUAGUGUUGAUCCAUCUAUAAAAAAAAUAUGUAUUUCAAACAUCAGAAGAGCACAGGACUUCAGUUUUAUAUGGAAAGUUCUCCCCCAAAUGAACGAUUCCCAAUGACGUAUAUUUAUUUCCUGAAUUUACAUCUGAACGGGUGGUCGUAUUUGGUUUGUACGUUCGAUUCCGAUAUUAAUAUACUAUGAUUGCCAGAUCUUCUGUCAAAGGCCGAUGUUUUUCUCCGGACACUGUGGCUUUAU